CCAAGCUCUGGGCACGCGAGGCAGGGAAGGGCGGCGGGCCCGGGCCAGCUCCGUGGACCUCAGGCUUCCAAACGCGGGACGGGGCGGCCCGGCCCAGACCCGUCCCGUGCGCUCCGGAGGAAGAGAGAGGGCGGUCCACGCCCUGCCCCUUCGGGACGCGCGGGGCGGCCUCUGCUCCCAGCGCCGGGUCCGGUACGGUUGGCUGGGCCUGGCCCGGGUGUGGACGGGUCGCACAGACACCCCCGCAUGCCGAGUGGCAGGCGGUCGAGGCCCGCGGAGGCGAGCGGAGCCCGGCCAGCGUUGACCCCCGCGGAGUCCGCACCCCGGGGCGGGGAAGAAGUAGGAUUUUCCCAGGCGGUGGGAAACCCGGCGGAGGAGGGGCUUCCGGUUUGCAGCAACUAAUGUUAAACGUGAACCUUUCUUAUCUGGUCGUGCCGGGGUCUCUUCUUGUUCCUGGAUUACGGAUGAAGAAGCCACGGGUUGUGAAUCCAGGUUUAGUUAUACCUUAGCUGUGUGUGACCUUGGGCUAGAAAGGGACUUAAGCUGUCAUUUUUCUCACUCGUAUAAUGAAGACAGUAAUAGGAUUUGCUUCGUGUGGUUGUGGGAAUCUAGCCUCAGAUUGUGCAUUGAAAGGGUUUAGCAUAAUGCCUGACACUCGGUGAGAGCUCACUAAUUGUUACUGUUCUUAAUGUUACUGUGGCGACCGACCUAACUUCCUGCUUCUAGUGUAAUGUGGCAGAAUGAUCACUGAACACUUGCUCGUGAUUUCCCCAUUCCAGCACACCGCAUUUCACCCUAAUUCAGUUAGUUUUUCCUGUGUCUAAUGCACGGUACCCCUAGAUGCUGAUAACAGUACACAGAUAGAAAAAACUUGGUCCUCAUCCUUGAGAGCCUAAUGUAGGCUGGUGGGAGAAGAGGUGCGCGUUCAUAAACUACUGUAAUGCAAGGUGUGGUAGGAGAGUUACAGUUUGGCCCGACUUUAAAGACAGUAUUUAAUAAAUAAGAAAGUGCUGCCUGGAGUAGGGGCUUUGGUGGUGUGUCUCAGAGGCUGCUGAGUGGAUGGAAUGAGAAAGAAACGGAGGGUAGCGACCUGAAUUAAGGGCGAUUUGGGCCCAUUGGCAGCUUCAGAAGCUGAGAUCUGGUGGGGGUGGGUCAUGAGGAACUGUUUAAGAGAGAUUGAUUAGAGUAGAGGUUGUCAGCCCUGGCUGCACAUUAAUUAGAAUCAUCUGGAGAGCUUGGAACCCUAGAGGCCUGAUUUAAUUGUUUUGGGGUGUGUCCUCGGGUACUAGUAUUUUAAGAGGCAGCUCCUGUGGAUUCCAACGUGCAGACAAGAUGGAGAUUGCUAACCUAAAACCGUAAACUGUAAAGUCGUCUCUCAUACUAUCUGUAAAUGUUUUAACAGAAAGAAACAAAAGGCUUAAUCCUAUUAUUACCAUGUACUAUCUACUACCUGGUGAAAUUGCUGAAGAUUCAGUAGGGCAAAAGGACCUAAUAAGUUAAACAAUGGCAGUAUUUCUAUAAUAUAUCUAAUAUGAGUCCCACAUCUUGGCCUCUUAUCCAGCUUCAGCAGUCUCAGCGUCACUGGCUAGAGAAUAAAUGGGAUUUGCACAAAUUCCAAACAGAACUGAAAUACAGACAGCAGUGUUAGAUUAUCUUCAAUUCCUCAGAAAAUUAAAUGUCGUCAGAAGACCGAGAAGCUCAGGAGGAUGAGUUGUUGGCCCUGGCAAGUAUUUAUGAUGGAGAUGAAUUUAGAAAAGCAGAGUCUGUCCAAGGUGGAGAAACCAGGAUCUAUUUGGAUUUGCCACAAAAUUUCAAGAUUUUUGUGAGCGGCAAUUCAAAUGAGUGUCUCCAGAAUAGUGACUUUGAAUACACCAUUGGCUUUCUGCCUCCACUUGUGCUGAACUUUGAACUGCCACCAGAUUAUCCAUCCUCCUCCCCACCUUCAUUCACACUUAGUGGCAAAUGGCUGUCACCAACUCAGCUCUCUGCUCUCUGCAAGCACUUAGACAACCUAUGGGAAGAACACCGAGGCAGUGUGGUCCUGUUUGCUUGGAUGCAGUUUCUUAAGGAAGAGACCCUAGCAUACCUAAAUAUUGUGUCUCCUUUUGAGCUCAAGAUGGAUUCUCAGAAAAAAGUGCAGAGAAGGACCACUCAAGCCUCUUCCAACACAGAGCUGGAUUUUGGAGGAGCUGCUGGAUCUGAUGUAGAUCAAGAGGACAUUGUGGAUGAGAGAGCUGUGCAGGAUGUGGAAUCAUUGUCAAGUCUGAUCCAAGAAAUCUUGGACUUUGAUCAAGCUCAGCAGAUGAAAUGCUUUAAUAGUAAAUUGUUCCUGUGCAAUAUCUGUUUCUGUGAGAAACUGGGUAGUGAAUGCAUGUACUUCUUGGAGUGCAGGCAUGUGUAUUGCAAAGCCUGUCUGAAGGACUACUUUGAAAUCCAGAUCAAAGAUGGUCAAGUUCAAUGCCUCAACUGCCCAGAACCAAAGUGUUCUUCUGUGGCCACUCCUGGUCAGGUCAAAGAGCUAGUGGAAGCAGAGUUAUUUGCUCGAUAUGACCGCCUUCUCCUCCAGUCUACCUUGGACCUGAUGGCAGAUGUGGUAUACUGUCCCCGCCCAUGCUGCCAGCUGCCUGUGAUGCAGGAGCCUGGUUGUACCAUGGGCAUCUGCUCCAGCUGCAAUUUUGCUUUCUGUACCUUGUGCAGAUUGACUUACCAUGGGGUCUCUCCAUGUAAGGUGACUGCAGAAAAAUUAAUUGACUUACGAAAUGAGUAUCUGCAAGCAGAUGAAGCCAAUAAAAGAUUUUUGGAACAGAGGUAUGGUAAGAGGGUGAUUCAGAAGGCUCUGGAAGAGAUGGAAAGUAAGGAGUGGCUGGAAAAGAAUUCAAAGAGCUGCCCCUGUUGUGGGACUCCCAUAGAGAAAUUAGAUGGAUGCAACAAGAUGACGUGUACUGGCUGUAUGCAGUAUUUUUGCUGGAUUUGCAUGGGUUCUCUCUCUAGGGCAAACCCUUACAAACAUUUCACUGAUCCAGAUUCCCCAUGUUUUAACAGGUUAUUCCAUGCUGUGGACGUUAAUGGAGAUAUUUGGGAAGAUGAGAUUGAAGACUAGCUAACUUCUGCUCAUGAUAUGGAAGUGGAAUGGUUUGCCCUAAUCUUCUGUCAAGUACACAAAGUAACCUUACAGGACGUUUAGGGUACCAUACAUUCAUUCCUCCUGUGUAGAAGAUAAGGAAGAACAAGGUUUAUAUUUUCAUUUGGUACUACUGAUUAAGGCACAUUCAUACAUUUUUUCAUGUAACAUAAAUUGAUAAAAUAAGCCAAAGGUUCAGAAAGUGAAAACUAUAGGAUAUUAAAUUAUAAUAUGCCCAA